AUGGCCCCUUCACGUGGGGAGCCGACAGAUCUCCAAUCCCCUCCCUAUGGCCCAUUCGAUCUGGACUUCGGCUUAUCCACCACGUACGAUAUUGGUCUAGAUGAUAAUGAAAUUGAUUUGACCGCAUUCUUGGCAACCACUCCAGCGACUAUUACACCUCCAGAAGAGACCGACACCCGGCCCGCUUUCAUCCUAGAGCCUCACUCUAAUUCCAUGGACUCCUGUACUUCCACGGCGGUCGCUGGCUCGGCGCCUAAGAAAAAUAACAUUUCGCCCUGUGAUUGCAUGCAGAAAGUCUUCCCUUUUUUGGAACGGGUCCAGAAGCUCGCCGAGGAGUCAGAUUCGGGUAGUCAAGAUGCCACGACUCCGCGGCCCAACCUGAUGGAUGCUCGAGAAUUGACAAGAAUGAUCCGGUCACUUAAAGAUUCUGUGUUGCAACUCCGACAAUUCUUUCAAUGCACACAGUGUUCAAGCUCCGCUAGUUUCAUGACCGUGCUCAUCCUGCUCGCCGGACACAUAGUGACUACAUUGUGGGCCGCCGCGAAGUCAUCUUCCCCGCAGUCAUAUUCCACACCGUUAACCCCUGGGACCUCUGCUUCUUCUAUGACGGGUAUCGCGAUUACGAACUGCGUGGAAGAUAUGAGGACAAAGCGACUUGCAGCGUUCCCUGUGAGACAUCUCCCUGACAGCGGCGAAUACCAUCUCGACACGGAGGAGGAGCAUUACGCGAUCAUUUCUACUCUUGCAAAAGUGCAGUUACGCAGAUUGCUCAUCACCUUAACUGAAAUGAAGGCCAGAGCGAGCAACGCAGAUUGGAAUCAGCAAUUCCGGUCUGUGAGGGCCUUGGAGGAACGAGUGCGAAAGGUCGCCUUGGGUUGGGCAGAUGGCGCCAAAAUACGAGGCUGGUGA